GCUUUCAAAACCUGACCUUGAAUUAACCAAGGAGGUUUUUUUUUUAAAACCUAAGUCUAGUAAUUGAAUCAACUGAAGCAGUACUUUGUGGUAUACGUAAGUAAAGGAGGAAGUGGGUUCUUUGACCCUGUUUACACCAGGAUUAACUAAGUAGUGCACAGGGUUGAUCCGGAUUUGCAGAUCCUGGUAUGACAGUCUUCUGAAUUUCAUCUGGCUAUCUUAGAAUUAUAUAUCUAAUUUCAGCAUGACCAAGGAGGUUUUAUAUAGUCUCUAGGCCACACCAAUUUAAUUUCUUUGUUCUUGUACAUGUUGCUCUGGUCUUUCGUAAGGAAUGGGCAGUACUGGUUGAGUGAGUUUCCUGAUACUAAUUAUAAGUUGAAGCAAGGACGUAAUCAGAUGCAUGAUAAUUGUCUGUGUGCUCUACUUUUAUAUGUAUUCAACAGUUCGUGUUAUUUUUAGUGACUAUAAACUCAGGUUAUUAGGUUGGUUAUUGGGUGGGCAGACUAUUGUGUCAUUGCAGCCAGGGGCUGAAUUGUGAGUAGCUUACAAUAGGCAGGGCUAAAUUGCUAUACUUUUAAUCCUAAGAGUGGAGAAUGUCGUCGACGUUAACGGGAGUGUGCGGCCUGUCUUGGGAAGUGACAAUGUCCGUUCUACCCAGACUCUACAUGGAGGAAGUUCUGUCUGAACUGCAGAGGAGGAAAAUUGCGGUGGCGAGGGAGAAAGUCCGCCACUCCGACCUCUCCCGCCUCCUACACGAAGUCAUGGUGCGUGAGUACGAACAACUGCAGCAGCAUCUUAGGACAUUUUACAUACACACAGAAAAAGAAUUCUCUCCACAAACAAGAGCACAAGAGAUUCACUAUGUACACGGCCACCAAAGAAAUUUGCCCGGAUCCCAAGGUAUCAAUGGCAAUGCUUCGCAGGGCGUUGCCCGGAAUUCUCCAAACCAAGAAAAUUUGCUCGGAACCCAGGGUAGCCAUGGCAACGCUUCGCAGGGUGUUGCCCGGAAUUCUCCAAACCAGGAGAAAUCACCAACAAUGGCAGUGCAAGAAAAUAUCCCAGCACAAACUGUGGCAAAAAAUACCUUGCCAGGGAAUUUGCAAGGAAUGCAAGGUGUCAACUCUUCUCAGGGUAUUGUCCAGAAUUCUCCAAACCAGGGAAUAUCACCAAUCACAGAAAGACAACAGAGUCUCCAACCACGUGGCAAGUUUAUUACUUCACAAAAUGUUAGCCAAAAGUCUACAGACCAGCUUGUGCAAGGCCCUUCACCAAUAACCUCAAUGCAGCAAAAUCUCCAAGCCCCAAGUGCAGAAACUUCACAAAGAGCACUAAAUACUUCGCCAGGGAACUUGCCAAGAAUCCAAUGUGUCUAUAGCACCGCUUCACAGAGCAUUCUCCAGAAUUCUUCAAACCAGCAUGGAAUGGCACUAAUAACAGCAACACAACACAAUCACCCAGCAGUGUUUCCACAAGCUAUGGGGAAAAAGAGUUCUCCCGGAAAUGUGCGAGAAACGGAAGGUUUGCAUGGGAACGCAUCACAAAGUCUUGCGCAGAAUUCUCCAAACCCACUUGUCCAUGGAAUCUUACCUGUAGUUACAUCAUCAACACAACAUGAUAACCAAGCGCAGCUCAUACAGACUGUAAGAACUUUAAAGAAUAAUGUGGCAGGGAAUUCAGGAGGAAGGCAAAGCAACACACAACAAAGUGUUCCCCAGAAUACUCCAGGCCAACCUGUGCAAGGAACCUCACCAACAACGGCGACACAUCAAAGUCUCAAAGUACAUUUUGCACAGUCUCUAGCAAAUCUAAAGAAUAAUUUGCAAGGAAUAAAGCCAAGUAUCGUGACUACACGCACAGGUGCUCCCGUACACGGAAAAUCCUUCACAUACAGCCAGCCUUCGAGACCACAGAUGCAAGUCAGCCCCCAAGUUCAGUCCAGUCCAGAGGCCAUGCCUCCUCAACUGGCACAAAUGAUCAGGAACGGUCCAAACUUGCUGAAUACACCUACUGGACUUUUGAGGGGACAUGCGAAUCCUGUGGUGAAAUUUCCUUCGGGGGCCUCGGCAGGACAGCCAAGUUCCCAAACUUCAGCCCCAAUAGAUCCCGUAGCCUGGGGCAGAUCGUUCAGCUCCACAAUGAAGUCUCAACAAGAGGCUGAAUCUGGUCAGCAAGGUCUACAAAAGGACGUGGUCACUAACAGUAACAGUUCCAAUAGCAUCCAUGCAAAUCUCUUGGGGGAAGUUCCUUCUGCAGCAAGACAGCCAAGCCCCCAGCCACCAGGUUCCCAAACUGAUGCCCCGAUAGACCAAUGUGCCUGGGCUAGAUCAUUCAGCAUUGCAAUGAAGUCUCAACAAGAGGUCGUAUCUGGUCAUCAAGGUCUACAAAAGGGCGUGGUCACUGACAGUUCCCAUGGCAACGCAUCACCGGGUGUGGUUCAGAGUUCUCCCAACCAACCUGAGCGAGAAAGCUCACCUGAAACAGAAACACCACUACAAAAUCUUCAAACACAGUUUGAACAAGCUGUCCAGGAGGCAAGAAAUAGUUUGCCAGGUGCAAGUAUGCCAUUAGAUGUUCACGCGGGGCAAGGGGGUGCAGACAGAAGCAGUACUUCUGAUACGUCUUUCACAAUGGCACAAACCCUGCAGGGCACCAGUGUACAAGACAACAUGCACAGCAACACAUCUCCUUAUGAUGUGGGGCAAGUUAAUCAGAUUUCAGAGCCUACGGAAGAUAGGACCAAGAACCAUGACCAUCAAGACAUGCAGGGAACUUUUCUCACAAACAAUUGUGACGCGACAACAGAUGUCAGCUUUCACAGUGCAGCUACAAAUGCUGAGAGAGAAGAAGACAAAUACAAUGACACACGCUCAACUAAUGCUACAACUCAAGAAAGUGUGGCAUCUCAACAAACGUUUCUCACACUCAACCAGCAAUCUGAGCACAAAACAUCUGACAUGCAUGACUCUAUAAGACAACACUUACCAGAACAAGACACUACUCAAUCCUCUCAAGACAAUGGUAGGGAACAUUCAGUGCAAGAACCCAGCGAGACAGAGAACACACACAACCUUCCCUCAUCAAAUGUGGUGGUAAAAAUUGAACAAGAGGAUGACUAUUGGUCAGUUCCUUGUACGACGAGCACAGCUAACAGUCAUGUUUCGGACAGCCCAUCACCGUGUGUUGUUGUCAAGACUGAAAAAGACGACAACAUUGAGACAGAUUCUACCCUACCUCUCGAUUACUCAGCGGGGACGUCGAUGGAAAGAAGCAGUACUGUGAGAACAGAGAAUGACUUGGAGGAAGCUUGGAGGCAAGAAAGGCUGGAUGAUCAUUCAAGUCCAGAACAAUCUCAAGUCACAACUUCAGCCCCAGUACAACAAGUAAUGCCUCAGGGUCUUUCUAUGACUCACACAGAUCAACAGGAGUCUACUUCUUCAUCUUUAACCUUGUCUGAAUCUUUAACAAUAAGGACAACACCGUCACAAGAAAGUAGACACUAUGCUGUCCACAGCAGUGCAGGGCUCCCAGAUCUCGACAUGAAUGCUUACGAGUUUCGGGACAACUCAAGAAACCUGUCACAGAAGAGGAAAACCGUCCGAGCGCUUCUUGAUGACUUGAAGAAAGCCAAGCAGUUGAAAUCAGAUGGGGUAACCAAUGAGGAGGACCCUAUGGGGAUAGUGAGCGCCAUGAAAGAUUGGAGAGAAGGCAGACGGUACAGUCAGACCAACAGAAGAGAGGAUGUAGGUCCUUCAGUGCCACUGGUAGGGGAAGGCUCCGUUCAGCAGCUAAGAACUGGGAAUAUGCAGGGUGGAGAGCAGUUUUCCUUGGCAUCAGCUGAAGCAGACAGGACAGUGAGGGCACCUAGAGGCGUCCUGCACAAGUGCAUGUUCUGUCCGUUUGAGACCAGACUGAAGACAAAUCUACAGUAUCACCUUCGGGACCAUGCAGAGAUCAACGUCUACAGGUGCGGAAUGUGCAGCUUUUCCGCGGCAACCAAGCAGACGUUGGACGACCAUGUGGCCACGCGACAUCACGAGGAGCUGCCGUUCAUGUGCGGGGUGUGCGGGUACCGGACGGGUGUGAAGGAAAAUCUUAGUACGCACAUGUGGGUGGUGCACAAAGCAGGGAAGAGUUUUCAGUGCUCGCUGUGUGAAUACAGCACAAGCUACAAGACCAGACUGGAAACCCACAUGAUCAACCAUCAUUUCUAAACUCUAGGUAGAGAAUCUGAGUACACACAUGUGGGUGGUCUACAAGGCAGGGAAGAGUUUUCAGUGCUCGCUGUGUGAAUAAAGCACAAGCUACAAGACCAGACUGGAAACCCACAUGAUCAACCAUCAUUUCUAAACUCUAGUUAGGCCUUUAGUUAUAAUCUCCAAGCAGAUCCUACGGUAGCAUAAGAUAGUAUUAAAAGCUGGUAGAAGAGUGAAGCCAGCCGAGGAGUGUGGCUACCAGUGGCUGAUACUCCCUUUGACAAUCUGUACUCCUUAAGCAGCUUUGAUUCUAUCUGAUGCCAUGGAUAAAUCUGCUUGGAGAUUAAUGAGUUAGGCCAUGUUGCAAUGACAUUGGAUGACAUCUGCAUGGACAUCAUUUUUCAUCUGUUGCAAAAUAAAUUUGACCAUACUUCAUAAGAUCAUACGAAGUAGCUGCAUAAUGAGCAAAUAUAUGCCAUAAGAUGGAAAAGAAUUGGAUACUGAUUUUAUAGAAAUUGCCCAUUUAAAAGUAUAAGGAUUAGGGGCUAUAUGUGGAAAUUAUAAACUACAGCAGUGGAGAAAAUUAGUCUGUUUAACGU